AUGGCUUACGAAGCUGUUGAAUCCCUGCUAAAAACCUUACAAAUAAUCCUUCUUCGCGACGAUGAUCUCAUCACUCCUCCGGUUAAACAACAAAUUAUAUCCAUCCACGACAACUCUGUUGUAUUGCAGUUUAAUCUCGAACAUUUCCCUCAGAAAGAAAUACUAAGGGAGGUAGCAAAUACAGCAGAAGAGAUUAUUCAAUAUCUUUUCUUCCGAGAAAAUGUAUCAUAUUUUGAGACUUUAAGGCUUCCAGAUCAGCUGGAGGAAUUGGCCGAGGAGAUCGAGUCAACUGUUGGAUAUGUGGUUGACUACUGCAAGAGCAACAACGUGAGUGAUUCUCCUGCUGUUAGCUCAUCAUCAAGAUCUGCAGUACUCAAGGGUCAAGUUGAUGAUCUGACGCUUGCAACGGAGCUGAUUGUCAUAGUUUCAAACCGGCUGAGAAAAUUAGCGCCGAAAAUAAGGUUAGCUACUAGAAAGUUAGCAGGCUAUUCAGCGAAUAAUGAUUCAGUUGACUUUGACAGUGUUCCGAGAAUUAGUAGGCCAUCUCCACUCACGAGCAAAGAUGAUGUUGUUGGUUUUGAUGAAGAUAUUAUACAGAUCAGGUUACGGCUAACUGACCGAUUAUCCUACCGACAAUUCCUCCCUAUUGUCGGAAUGGGAGGCAUUGCUUCUCUCAAAGGAAAAGUAGAUCUACUUGGAGGGGAUUCGUUGAGAGCAAUUGAAGCAGAGGAGCUUGAAAUUUGCAAUGUCCUGUUAGGGAGGAGGUAUCUCAUAGUAGUGGACGACAUUUGGAGUGUGGAAGCUUGGGAUCAUGUGCAGAAGCUAUUUCCUGACGAUCAUAAUGGAAGUUGGAUCAUAUUAACCACAAGGCUAAUGGAUGUGGCGACUUAUGUUGCCCCUUCGUGGAACAUUCAUGUGAUGCGUUUCUUGGAUCACGAACAAAGUUGGCUUCUGUUCAAUCACAAGGUCUUUGGAGAUCAAGAUUGCCCUCUUGAGCUACAAAGUCUUGGGGAAAAAAUAGUAAAAGGAUGUGGAGGACUGCCCCUCUCAAUUGUUACUGUGGCAGGACUUUUGUCCACGAUUCCUAGAACGCCAAAAAUGUGGCAGCAAAUUGAAGUAAAUGAUGGGCAAUUGGGAUCUAUAUUAUCUUUGAGUUACAACCACUUGUCUCCACAUUUGAGGAAGUGUUUCUUGUAUAUGGCAGCCUUCCCUCAGGAUUAUGAGAUUCGUGCCUCUGAACUCGCUAAACUUUGGCAUAGAAGUGGCAGCAGAGGAAUGCUUGGAGGAUCUGAUCAAGCAAAGUCUAGUAUUGAUCAGUAG